AUGUCAAACAAUUAAAUCAUAUACUAAUAGUAGGAAGAACAAAGAUCUCUCUUUUCUCGAUUAUGUGCUUGUUUACAAAUAUUUAAAAGCAAAAAGAAACGAGGAUCUCAAAAUCAAUAUCAUCAUGAAAUUGAUACUCCCAAAUCAUCCUUUAUUGUAAUAUUAGACAAUUUAUUCUCAGUUAGGUUAAAAGAAAACAAUUGUCUUGGAUUUAGAUGAAACAUUAGUACACAGCCAAUUUCAACCUAUUGAUAAUUACGAUUUAUGCUUGGAUGUACCAUUCUAUACUUAUAUAAGAUUGUCGUUUAAUCAUAAAAUUUCAAAGUUUUUGUCCUCGUUCGGCCAGGUGCCAAACAAUUUAUUAAUGAACUAAGCAAUUUUUAUGACAUUAUCUUAUGGACUGCAAGUCUCAAGGAAUAUGCUAUGCCAGUUAUGGACUUUGUUGAUCCCGAUAAAAAAGCAAUCGAAAGGUUAUUUAGAGAGAGUUGCACUAUCAUCAAAGGAGGCCUGACUAAAGACUUAAACAAACUUGAUCGUGAUUUCAAAGAUAUUGUCAUUGUUGAUGUAAGUAUACAUUAAUCGAUUUUCAGAAUUCAAUAUUGUCAUUUGCAUUGAAUCCAGAUAAUGGUUUCCAAAUUAAAGAUUUCUUCUAUGACAAACAAGACAAAGAACUUGAAUAGAUUCUCCCAUUCUUGAUUUGGAUCUCAUAAGUAAUCUAAAUUUAAAUUUGAUAAGCUUCCUGAUGUGAGACCAGUGUCCUUAUAAUAUGAGUAAUUUAUCAAUUCAUCUCCUGAAUAGUUAAAUCAAAGAAGGAAUGGUAGCAUUGUACCAUUAGACUAACAGAAGUUUUACAGUGUCUCCAGAUCCUUCACAAUGCAAAGAGAAAAAGUUAAAUAAAGUUCUAUUAUAAAAACCUUAACAUUAUCUAAAAAUGAAGAAGAAUUUGAUGAAAUUGCCUUUAAAAAAAAGUUAAAUUCAGGUGUCAUUUCAAAAUAGGACUAAACAAAUGAUAGUGAAAAGGAGACUUUUGAAAUUAGCAAUUGA